AUAUUUAUAAUACAAAGACAGAUGUAUGUUCUCAAUAGUUACGUGUUCCGUUUCAUUUCUCUUAUUCUUUCUUGGUAACGAAAGCCGAAAGGUUUGGUUUCUCAGAUUCUCAUCUAUUAAACACAAAUAAUAAUACAUCUUAUUCCGAUUAAGAGUUUUAAUUCCGAUAGAUCAGAUUCGUUUCCUGAAUCUGUUUCAUAAAAUUCUUUGAGAAGAAGAAAUCUCCGGUUCCAACAGGAAGAAUGGGUUCUGAACAGAAUGAUAGCACGAGCUUCACACAAUCAUCAGAGCCGAAGCUGUGUGCAAACGGAUGUGGUUUCUUCGGUUCACCUUCAAACAUGGAUCUGUGUUCGAAAUGCUACCGAGACAUAUGCGCAGAGGAAGCUCAAACAGCUGUUGCAAAAGCUGCUGUUGAGAAAUCUUUCAAGCCUCCUCCUACCCUCUUCAUAGCCGAGCCGGAUGUGGCAGAUAAGGCAGUUGCUACCGCUGCUGUUCUUGUGGUGGCCGAGCCAUCUUCUUCUGCUGCAGUUCCUGAACAGAACGAACCGUCCAAACCACCUGCGAGGCCUAACCGGUGUCUAUGUUGCAAUAAGAAGGUUGGGAUAUUUGGUUUCAAGUGCAAAUGCGGGAGCACUUUCUGUGGCGAACACCGGUACCCUGAGAGACAUGAUUGCAGCUUUGAUUUCAAAGAAGCUGGGCGUGGUGAGAUUGCAAAAGCCAAUCCGGUUAUUAAAGCUGAUAAGCUUCAAAGGUUCUGAAGAUUUGUAUUGUUGGAAAGGCCUCUAUGGUGUCUGGUCUCUUUUCUUUGUAACUCAAAUUGUACUUGAAUGGAAUUGGGUUUCUAGAGGAAUGUUUCCAAAGGGGGUAAGAUGAUAAAUUUGGUUUUAUAAUAAAAGUGGAUCUAUCAAGUUUGGUUU